GUGCGGAAUCUUUCUAGAAAAGCGCUUACGGUGUGGAGGCUGAUGCAUGUGAAACUGCUUGUUGUAGUUUGAAUAUUUGCACCUUAUUUGUGUUUGUCCAAUAAAAUACAUUAAAGGAAAUACUUGUUUUAAAGCAGACUCAGUCAUGGACCUUAGCGAACAGAUCACAGGACUUGAGAGCGACUUGAAAGAAGUGACACGGCUCCUGGAGAUGUGUGAAAGGCAGCGUGUGCAGGAUCUCCUCUCACAGGAGCAGAAGAAGAUCAAGAAAGAACUGGCUCAGAAGCAGCAACAAAGGGAAAAUCAAGCAAAAAGAGAUUCUGAAGACAAAGCAGACACGACAGUCAAGGGAUACAUGGUCAAAAUAAACAAUUAUGGUUGGGACCAGUCUGAAAAAUUUGUAAAAGUCUACAUCACGUUAAAAGGAGUGCAUAAAAUCCCCGCUGACAAUGUUCAGGUCAGCUUUACGGACAGGUCUUUCAAUGUACUUGUUAAAGAUUUGGAGGGAAAAAACUAUCAAAUGACGGUCAACAACCUCUUGUGCCCCAUUGUAGUUGAGGAGAGCAGUAGAAAGGUGAAAACAGACAUGGUACUCGUCAUGUGCAAAAAGAAGACAACAAAGAAAUGGGAGUGGUUUACACAGGUGGAGAAACAAUCCAAGGAGAAAGACAAGCCCAGCUAUGAUGAGAAUGCAGAUCCUGGAGAGGGGCUGAUGAAUAUGCUGAAGAAGAUCUACUCCGAGGGUGAUGACGAAAUGAAGCGCACUAUCAACAAGGCCUGGGCAGAGUCACAGGAGAAGAAAGCCAAAGGAGAUGAAUUUGACUUCUGAGUCUUGCAUUGAACUACAAUUCCUUAUCUACAUGCCAUUCCUGCAUAAUUGCCUUUUUAUUGAUCACUCUUGUUGGCUGUCAUUAUGGCUGAAAAUACUUAUUAGGACACAAGUUUAGAAAUUUGUUUGUCUGUUUGUUCUACAGUUGUUAUUCCACCAAGAUUGACAGAAGACAUCUGUUUGUAAAACCUAACAUGCUGCACACUUGAUGAAUGUUUUCAAGAUUGCAUACAUUGAUAAUGGGAAAUAAAAUGUCUACAAAAUUC